AACAUUAAAAAAAUUGAUAGCGCUAUUUUUAACCACAUAUUUUAAUUUUAGGUGAUGGAGAUAGCAGCGUGAUGAAAAGACUACAUCUAGCUAAACCAUACGGGUAUAAUUUUAUGAUUAAAAAAAUUGAAUGUUCCAACCAUAUACUGCGCAAUUAUGUAAAUAAAUUAAAAGACAUAUCUACUAAAAGAAGAACUACAAGAGGCGUAAAUAUUCCGGGAAAUAUAAGACAAGCAAUAAAAGAUAGAAUUCUUAGACUUAGGUAUGCAAUAACAGAAGCUGUAAAACAUAGAAAACAUGAAGAUAUAUCAUUUGAACAUAAAUUAUUAAAUUUAAAAAAAGAUUUAAUAAAUGGACCAAGUCAUGUUUUUGGUGAUCAUACGAAUUGUCAGUUUUACUUUUGCAAAGGACAAAAAGACGGCGAAAUAAAUUUAGUGCCACAAAUGAAAUCGUUGGGUAUUUGGGAAGAAUUAGUUGCAGCGAAAAGUCUUGUAUUAUAUCAUGCCGAAAGUUUAUUGUACAAAGUAAGUAAUAAUGCAGCAGAGUCUUACAACUCAAUUUUAGCGAAAUUUAUUGGUGGUAAGCGAGUAAAUUUUUCUCUUCGUGGAUCGUAUAAUUUACGGUGCAACGCUGCAGUAACAUCCUACAAUGCAGGACCUAGACGUUUGCAUUUGUUACAUAAAAAAAUUGCAAAAUACAGUCCGGGUCUGUAUACUAAAAAAUUUAUUUCAAAAUCUAAUUCAAAAAGUAUUCAGAGAAGUAAACGUCGAUUAUUCAAUCCUCAAGUUUACAAAAAAACAAUAUCGGGACCAGAUCAGCAUUACGGAGCAACAGCAGACAUAGAAACAUCUGCAGAUAUGCCUAAACACGAAUAUGAUGCUAAAAAAAUAUUGUUUUUAUCGGAAUUGAACGUAACGCAAGCGCAAAUAGAACAAAUUGAAAAAGAUACGAAAGGACAAAAUGCAUGUAUGGAGUGGCAUGUACAUAGAAAAAAAAGAUUGACCGCCUCUGUCUUUGGAAAUAUAUGUAAACUUAGACCCAAAACAUCGCGAGCCAAGACUGUAUCAAAUAUUUUAUACGGUUCUUUUUGUGGUAACGACGCAACAAAAUAUGGGAUACAAAAUGAAGAAAAUGCGAAGUCGGCGUUGUCUAACAUUAUAAAUAAACCCAUAAGGUCGUCUGGAUUAAUUAUUGAUUAUGAAUUACCAUUUCUAGCUGCUUCUCCAGAUGGCCUAAUAGAUGAGGAUUCUUUAGUAGAAAUCAAAUGUCCAAUAAGCGCUAAAGAUAUAUCGCCGGAAGAAGGAAUUGCAAAAAAAAAAAUAAAGAGUUGCGAAAUAAUAAAUGGAAAAAUGCAACUCAAACGAACGAAUUCUUAUUAUUAUCAAGUACAGGGGCAACUCCACAUCUCAAAAAAAAAGUUUUGCUAUUUUUGUAUUUGGACUUCUCGAGGUAUCCUUUAUGAAAAAAUAAAAAGAGAUGACAAUUUUUGGGAAGUAAAAAUGUUACCCCAUUUAGUUAACUUUUAUAAUAAUUGUUUAUUACCUGAAAUGAUUGAUCCACGCUAUGAUAGAAAUUUACCAUUGAGAGAUGGACUGAAAGAGUUAAGCUAA